GGUUUAUCAGUCAAUGUACCGGCCUAACCACUCCCAUAACCAAAACCACAUAUCCAAACGUGGUUUUUCAUUUGGUACAAAAACCCACACCUUAAUUUCACAGACGAAAUUUUGGUUGAUAAAAAGUAACCAUCUUAACCAGUCUCUCAUUUACCCCCACCAGAUAUACAUAUGCUUAUUUAAACCGGAUGUAACACAACUCUUCUUCACAUGGACCUCAAGUAAAAUGGAAGCAAACACUUUGUUUCUUCUAAAAGCUCUUUGUCUUCUUUGUUUUAAUGUAUGCUUCACAUUAGCUUCCGACCCUGAUCCCAUCCAAGACUUCUGCAUACCAAAACCUGUGACAUCUCCUUACCAUGACCAUCACUUCUCCACCAAUCUCCCUUGCAAAAACUCCUCCGAAGUAACCACCGAAGAUUUUGUCUUUUCCGGUCUAAAAACUGCCGGAAACUUCACGGAGACGGGGUUCGCCACCGUCCCAGUAGGCCCAGAAAACUUCCCCGGCCUUAAUACAUUAGGCAUCUCGUUUGUCCGGGCUGAUCUCAAACCCGGAUCCAUUAACCCACCACAUUACCAUCCGCGGGCGACGGAAGUAGCCCACUUGGUUAAAGGACGGGUUUACUCUGGUUUUGUGGACUCGAACAAUAAGGUUUACGCUAAAGUGAUGGAAGAAGGAGAAAUGAUGGUUUACCCAAAAGGGCUUGUACAUUUUCAGAUGAACGUCGGAGAUGUUACGGCCACGAUUGUCGGCGGACUUAAUAGCCAAAACCCUGGUAUUCAGAAGAUACCGUCCGUGGUUUUUGGGUCAGGGAUCAAUGAGGAGUUGCUUAUGAAAGCUUUUGGGUUGAGUCUUAAGCAGAUUGGUACGUUGAAGAAAAGAUUUGAUCCUGUCAUGUCUAAUGAACAUUGAUGUUUUCUCUUAAAGUCUUAUCGAGAUUAUUACAUCGAAGUUAUCUUUUAUGUGAUGGUAGUUCUUGAUCAUAAUGUUAUUUAUAUAUUUUGACCCAAACAAUGGUCAUCUUUAGCUAGACAAUGUUUCUUUCUACAUGAAUUAUUAUCACUUAUCCACACUUCACAUUUAGAAUCCUGAAUUAUUAUCACUAAACCUACA